AUGCCCUCAGCGGAAUCAGAAUCGCCGGACGAAACCUUCUUCAACGACCUGUCGCAGCAGGGCACAGAUGCGAACGAUAACAACGCGGUCGCGAAGCAGGUCGAAACCCUUCUGAAAACCCAGGAAUCCACCGAGCAGACCAGAGAGCCUUCGCGACCGGACUCGACCACCGCAUACGUCGCGAGUACAGCACAACAGCCGCUGCCCAACUCGAACGAAUUCUUGGGGCCCCCAGAAGCACCCCCCAGGAUAUCGCCAGUCCCCGAUGUCUUCGUGAAUACCGGGACUUCGCCAGAGGGCGAGUUCCAGUGGGAAAUGAUCGGCUUGGGCUUAGAUGAGCCGCUGCCUCCUCAAGACGUACAAGAUGAGCUGUAA